UUGGUAACGUAAAGGGUACUGGAUUCUGAGGAAGCUCGCCGAAUUCAAAAAAAAUUUGUAUAUAAGAUCACAGUCAAUCCCCAAACUCUCUCAACAGGAAACCCUAAAUAUUCCUUCCUUUUAAAGCUUCCACCUUUUUCACCUUUAAAUACCCUCACAACCUCUCAAACGCUUCUCACCAUUCUUCUAACAACAACCAAAAUUUCUCUCUUUUUAGUCGAAGGCUGCGAUACCAAGAACUUCUUUUCUGUUCUUUUUUUUUUUUUUGGAAUCAAAAUAUCGAUCUUUUAGGAUUAUUGUUAAUGGUGGAAAAUUUUCGGAGGACUAGUAAUUUGAUGCUCUUCCUUUGCAAAACAAGGGCGAGCGCUCUCCUUAUUGUUUCUGCAGCUUCUGCUUUCGCAUUCGGUUCUUGCAAAGGAGGCUGGUACUACCGUUGCCUCGGCCUUGACCCAUAAACAACCCUGAAAUCUUUAGCCUCCGCCAAUAACCCAGAUUUUUUUUUGUUAAAAUCCAAGAAACUAAAAUAAACCCAUUUUUUUAAUCUCGGUUGUUGGUGAAAUAUUCAUUCAAUUUUGUUGGUUUGAUUUUUUCUCUUUUCUGGAUUUUGAUAAAGUUGAAAAGAUGUUGAUUUACAAGCAGAAAAAGAAUCAGGGUCCCAAGGGCAACAGGCUCUUGAUUAGCAUCACAGUUUUGGGAAGUGCAGGGCCGAUACGUUUCGUUGUUAACGAGGAGGAACUCGUUGCCAGUGUCAUUGAUACUGCUUUGAAAUCAUAUGCUCGUGAGGGUCGGCUUCCGGUUCUCGGAUCUGAUAUUAAUGAUUUCCUCCUUUAUUGUCCCAGUGCUCGAUCAGAUGCACUUUCUCCAUGGGAGACAAUUGGAUCACAAGAGGCACGCAAUUUCAUGUUGUGCAAGAAGCCAAGGACUGGCAAAAUGGAAGAUGAUGGAAGGUCGACUCAAGCAAUUACUAGGAAGGGAAGUGGGAAUUGGAAGAUUAAGAAAGGUGCGAAAGAAAGUAAGAAGUGGGAUCCCACCAUGUCCAAAUACAUUCAUUUCUGACGCCUUGCAGCUGCUCGAGUCUGACAGGAUGGCAAGACAGGAAUCUCAAUGCAAAAUUUGGGGCCGGCUUCUGGGAAACGCAUGGCUCUAAAUUAGGUGAUGAUGGUUUUAAGUUUGAUCUCUUGCUUCUAAACCUGCGAAUAUAUCAUGGUGAUCAAUGGAAGGUAGGAGACAAAUAUACCUGCUGAAAGCUUGGCCAUUGCUUUGUUCCCAUCUUCUGGUCCCGGCAAGAGAUUGAUAUCUUUGUUGCAUAUUUUUUGCAGCUCAAGUCUACUUAUCUUUCCAUUGAUAAACGGUAAGGUAGCAUUUAGUAUCAUUUUCAAAAUCACCAUGAUAAUGUAAUCAUUUAGCUGAUCUUAUCACUUAUGGUUUGAAAUUAUUUUAUUUGGUUAACAAUAAUUAAUU